AUGGCUUGCAGGAAUUUUCAUCAGUGGGUACUGGCUAAUGUAAAGGUAGCAACACUUGAUUUUAAAGAUAAUAGCGAGGAUGUUAUAUAUGAAUGUGCUAGGUUGGGAGCUUUCCGAAAGGUUGAGAAGGUCAUUAUGAAGAAUUGUGAGUUCAAAUUGAAGAAAUUAUUUGAGAAUCAUGCUCAGGAAUGGUUAGCUUUGUGUUGUGAUUUGAAUUGUUCUGACUUUGAUUCUCUUUACAAAUUCAAAGAUUUUGAAACAUUUUCUUUGAAUAGGGCUGGUAAUGAUUGGACCAGUUAUAGGCGUAUAUCUCAAUUCGACAAGUUGAGAGUUUUAAAAUUGAUAGGAUGUGGGUUUCAAGGACCAAGUACAGAUUGGUGGUUUAACUUUCUAGCAACUCGUAAACCUGAUUUGAAAAUUGUUGAUUUAUCGAAUUGCCAGCUCACUUGGUAUGGUUUGAAUCUUGUUGGAUCGAUUUCAUCAUUGGAAUCGUUGAAUGUUGGAAGGUAUGAGAGUUGGGAAGAAUUGAAACCCUUUACGAAGUGGAAUAUGCCUAAUCUAACUUUUUUGAACAUUUCUGGAUUUCACAUUUCAGAAGCUGUUCCAGAUAUUUGUAAAUUGACGAAAUUGCAAACUUUGAAAAUGGAAUGUGGAAGAGUUCAACAUGAAAAACCUUGGAAACAGUUUGCUGAAACUAUUUUCCCCAAUUUAACAGUAUUGGACAUGUCAAAAAAUUCUGUCUCUGUUGAUGCCUUAAAACCAAUGCACAAUUUAACAUCACUCAAUCUGACCAAGUGUGGCAUUAAUAAUGACCAUUUGGAAAAAUUAUUCAACGGCUUGCUUACAAAGAUUGCCAUUUUGGAUAUUUCAGAGAAUGAUAUUUCAGAUUUGGGAAUAUUUCGUAUAUGCCUUUCUGAAUAUUCUUCCACUUUGAGAUCUAUAACUUGUAUUCCUCACAAAUCUCUGUUGACUAGUGUGAGUGUUAAAGAUAUAGUCAACUCUCCAUAUUUACAAAAUUUGACAUUGCUUAAUCUUUGUGGAAAUGACAUUGGCUCUGCUGGUUUGAAACUCUUGAGCGAUAGUAAUCUUGUCAAAUUGAAAGUGCUCAAAUUGUGUAGAAAUUCACUUUCUGAAAGUUCAAUGCUAAACUUUGCGAAUGGAAAUAUCAGAAAUCUGACUGAUAUUGACUUCUCACCAGACAGUGUCCCUGAAUCCAAGUUUAAGGAUGCCUUCCCUCUAUUAAAAACGUUGAACAGACGUGCUAUUAAAAGGUAA